ACAUUUCAACCAAAGAGUAAAGUACCUUCUUAACUCUUUGAGUACCUUACUCUUUGAUUUCAACUCACAAUGUGUUUCUUCAAAUGAAUCUUUAAUUAAUUGCCCUUCACUAAGAUUCAUACUUUUGUUACCCAGUUACAUACAAUAGUUAAUGUUAAUCGAACCUUAAUUUGAUAUUAAAGUGGAAUUGGCUAUCAAUUUUUACAGAAAGAGUUGAGAAUGGCGGUAACUCUAUUCUCUUCUGUUGCCUUAUUAUUGUGUUGUCAACUCGUUACGUCUUCUGUUACAGUCGGUUGUCUUAAAAAUGAAUACCUUUGUCCAACAGGCGCUUGUAUCGAUAAGCUAAUGGUUUGUGAUGGUUAUGUCGAUUGUCCUGGUUAUUAUGAUGAACUUAAUUGUACUAAAUCAAACAUUUCUCGUUCUUUAAAUGACUCCUGUUCUGGUUUUGUUUGUAAAAAUAGUGCCUGUCUUCCUAGACACAAAGUAUGUGAUGGUAAUGGAGAUUGUCCAUAUGAUGAAGAUGAAUUAAAUUGUGUACCUGAUGACAUGGUUUGUUUAAAAGAUUGUGGUUACAAUGAAGCAGAAAAUGUGACCUUUGAGCUUUGUAUAUCCAAUGCAUCAAUUUGUGACGGUGUAGCUGAUUGUUAUGAUGGAUUAGAUGAGACUAAUUGCUCCAAAAUAAAAUCAUCAAAUGAAUCCAAGUCUUUUUCAACAUCAAGGAAUUACAAUAGACGUAGAUUAAGCCAAGACAAUUCAACCUUUAUAGAUUGUGGGGAACCAAAUGCCUUUGACUGUGGUGAUGGAAAAUGUAUUGAUAAAAAUUUGACCUGUAACCGCAAAUUUGACUGUCUGGGUGGUCAAGAUGAACAUGAUUUUUGUGACAAAACACCUUGUGAAGCUAAAUUGUGCUCUCACUAUUGUGUUUUCAAUAAAAGCAAUAAUGGUAGCAAAUGCAUCUGUUCUGAUGGCUAUCAAUUAUUACCUGAUGGGUUAACUUGUGAAGAUAUUGAUGAAUGUACUCUGGAUCCAUUUAAAAGACCCUGUACUCAUGAAUGUACCAAUACUUUAGGAAGUUACCGAUGUAGCUGUUUCGAAGGAUUUACUUCUGCUAUUGAAUAUGGAUUUUGUGUUCCGAUCACAAAGAAAAAUCGCUGCGCUAUAAGCGCAAAGGAAUCGUAUCUUUUGACCUUAAAAGAUGGGCAUAUUUUUUUACGCUACUUCAAGUGCAUUACAGAUCAAUCUCCUAUCAUUGUGGCUAAUGUUACAUCAAAAGUAUCAACAUUCACAUAUGAUCGUUCUUCACGUAACAUUUACACUUACGAUGUGGCUCAAAAAUCGAUAAACUUAAUUCAUUUUAAUAAUGAUACAAUUCAAUUUCUCCAACUUGAAAACAGUACUCGUGACUUAAAUUCGUUGACGUAUGAUGAUUUAACUGGAAACCUUUAUUGGAUUGAGCCUUUCCCAGGCUUAUUGAAAAUUAUUUCAACCAAAGACCCAAAUAAAACGAUAAUUACCCUUUCAGGUGGCUUACAGGAUGCCAACUCUCUUGCCUUGUACCAAGAAAGAGGUGAAAUGUAUAUUUCCAUGAUUGGUUCAGAGCCUAAAAUUGUAGUAUAUGAUUUAAAAGGUGAAGAUAUACGUCAAGUUGAUGAAUCUGGUUCAUCUAUCCAUCCCUCGUCACUGUUUGUUGAUAAAUUUUCUAAACGCUUAUUUUGGAGUGAUUUUGGUUAUCAAGAAGUUUAUUAUGUUUCUUUGGAUGGUCGACGAGGUGAUUUCGGUCCUAAAGAAGUCGUGCACAGAUCAACACACAAAAUACGUUCAAUGGUUGUUUAUGAUUAUAAAAUGUAUCUGGCAACCGAUAACCUUUUCAUUCAAGUCGACUUAUACGAUGUACUGUCACAAAAAGAAAUCAAAAAGCUAGAUUCUCUCAAAGAGAGAAGUUUAAUUCAUAAUGAUUUUUAUGUUCAUUGCAGUGUAGACUUUAAUUAUCGGAACCCUUGUUUAAACGAUGGUCGAGGUAAUUGUAGCCAUGUUUGUACUUUUAUUGAUUCCACCGUCCACUGUUUGUGUCCACAUAGAAUGGUUCUUGACCAAACAAAGAGAAAAUGUGAAACAAAAAACAUUUCAUGCUCGUCAGGGGAAAUACUGUGUAAAGAUGGUUUAAAUUGUUACAAGGAAUCAAAGAAAUGUGAUGGACAUAAGGAUUGUGAUGAUGGAUCAGAUGAACUUGACUGUGUAACAUCAGAUUGUCCAGAAGGCCAUGCAAAAUGUCUAGACACGUCCAAAUGUAUUCCUAAAAAAUGGUUUUGUGAUUCAUAUCUUGAUUGCUCGGAUGGAUCAGAUGAAAAAGAUUGUGCUCAAACUUGCAAUCAUGGUGAUUUUAAUUGCAAUGCUUCUCAAUGUAUUCCUGGUAGUUGGGUUUGUGAUGGAAUACCUGAUUGUGAUAAUGGAUCGGACGAGAAAAAUUGCCUUUAUUAAAGUAAAUGAAAUCGCAGUACAAUUUAGACAAUCAAAGGUAAUAAUACUCGUGUACUCGAAUACUUAUGAUUUAUUUUUCUUUUCUCAAUAAUUUUUUGAAUUUUUGUUAUUUCAAAUUCGCAAUAAUAUUGCCAUAAUAUUUUAA